AUGAUUCUGACUUGCAUUAGAGAAACUUCAUCCCUACAUUCCGCUUUCACAAGAUCUUUACUGGGUGUAUUUGAAGAAGAUGCCACAGCCAUUUCCAACUAUAUGAACCAAUUGUAUCAAGCUAUGCAUCGGAUUUAUGAUGCACAGAAUGAGUUAAGUGCAGCAACACAUCUGACUUCAAAACUUUUAAAAGAAUAUGAAAAACAGCGUUUUCCAUUGGGAGGUGAUGAUGAAGUUAUGACAUCUACUUUACAACAGUUUUCAAAAGUUAUAGAUGAACUUAGCUCUUGUCAUGCAGUACUUUCAACUCAACUUGCUGAUGCCAUGAUGUUCCCCAUUACCCAGUUUAAAGAAAGAGAUCUGAAAGAAAUAUUGACUUUAAAAGAAGUGUUUCAGAUUGCUAGUAAUGAUCAUGAUGCUGCAAUUAACAGAUAUAGCCGAUUGUCCAAAAAAAGAGAAAAUGACAAGAUGAAAUAUGAAGUAACAGAAGAUGUGUACACUUCCAGAAAGAAACAACACCAGACCAUGAUGCAUUAUUUUUGUGCAUUAAAUACUCUUCAAUACAAGAAGAAAAUAGCAUUGUUAGAACCUCUACUUGGGUAUAUGCAAGCUCAGAUAAGUUUCUUUAAGAUGGGUUCUGAAAAUCUCAGUGAACAAUUAGAAGAAUUUUUAGCUAAUAUUGGAACAAGUGUACAGAAUGUUCGCAGGGAAAUGGACAGUGAUGUAGAGACCAUGCAACAGACAAUAGAGGACUUGGAAAUAGCCAGUGACCCUUUAUAUGUGCCUGACCCAGACCCCACCAAAUUUCCUGUUAAUCGAAAUUUAACCCGAAAGGCUGGAUACCUUAAUGCUAGGAAUAAAACAGGCUUGGUGUCAUCUACCUGGGAUAGACAGUUUUACUUCACGCAGGGUGGAAACUUAAUGAGUCAAGCACGUGGAGAUGUGGCAGGAGGCCUUGCCAUGGACAUAGACAACUGUUCAGUGAUGGCUGUGGACUGUGAAGACAGGAGAUACUGUUUUCAGAUCACUUCUUUUGAUGGAAAAAAAUCUUCAAUUUUGCAAGCAGAAAGUAAAAAGGACCAUGAGGAGUGGAUCUGUACAAUAAACAACAUAUCUAAACAAAUAUACUUAAGUGAAAAUCCAGAGGAAACUGCUGCACGAGUAAAUCAGUCAGCUCUGGAAGCUGUCACUCCCUCCCCAUCCUUCCAGCAAAGGCAUGAGAGCCUACGGCCAGCAGGACAGUCUCGGCCACCAACAGCUCGGACAAGCAGUUCAGGAUCCAUAGGAUCUGAAUCCAUGAAUUUGGCUGCCUUAUCAAUAGAUUCUCUUGUGGCCCCAGACACCCCAAUACAAUUUGACAUAAUUUCUCCUGUGUGUGAAGAUCAGCCUGGCCAAGCAAAAGCUUCUGGCCAGGGAGGCAAGCGUACAAAUCCAUUUGGUGAAUCUGGAGGAAAUACAAAAUCUGAAACAGAAGGUAUAACAAAUUUUCCAUUGCCCUACGUGGUUUUGUAUGCUACACACCAGGAAAACAAGCGGCUUUUUGGAUUUGUCCUUCGAACAUCAGGAGGGAGGAGUGAAAGUAAUCUGUCCUCAGUCUGCUAUAUAUUUGAAUCAAACAACGAGGGAGAAAAGAUUUGUGAUGCUGUUGGACUGGCAAAACAGAUAGCUUUGCAUGCUGAACUGGAUCGGAGGGCAUCAGAAAAACAAAAAGAAAUAGAGAGAGUAAAAGAGAAGCAACAGAAAGAGCUCAGUAAACAAAAACAGAUUGAAAAGGACUUGGAAGAACAAAGUCGGUUGAUAGCUGCUUCAAGUAGACCAAAUCAAGCCAAUACUGAGGGACAAUUUAUUGUCCUUAGUAGUAGCCAGUCAGAAGAGAGUGAUUUGGGAGAAGAAGGAAAGAAGAAAGAGUCAGAAGCGUAAACCUGUUCUUGCUUUUUGAUUCACCACCAAAUUCGACAAUUUCGGUGGUGAAAUUGCAUGAGGUAACAACUGUGUUGAUAUUUCAAGGAGACUAAGCUUUAUAUUUGCUUGUUUUAGCUUUAUUUUAAAAACAUUGAACUUGAUAACUUAGUGUUUACAUUGUUUUGUCUGCAGAAAUACACUGUGCAUUAACAUUAAAUUCAACAUGUCUACAGAAAACAUGCUUUUAUCCCUGAGGUAGAUUGCUGAGGAAUUAUACUUAGGCAUUUUUUCUUUUAAAUUGUGAACAUUUUAUCUUGCAUUUUAAUGGAUUGUAUCAGGUUCAGAUAUUUAUGGCUAUUUUCUCCCUCCUUUCCUUUCAUUAGGAACACUUUACUAGUGAGAAAAUGUUUAACUCAAUAAGUUUAAAACAUUUUCAUAAAAAAUUAUAUAAAUUUGCAGCUAUUUUAACUAUAUUAAAUAUGAAGGAGAAUUUGUAUAAAAUCAUUAGAACAGAGGUUUUAGUAAGUUUUAAAUCUUAAGUACGUUUUCAGUUAAGACAGGUAGUACUAUUGAUUUCAGAGUACCUUCUUGGAUUGCACCCAUUUUUCUAAUGAACUACAUGAGAGCCUUCAGGAAAAAAGCCUUUGGCAUUUUGUUACCAUAUUCUUAGUUCUUAGGUUGGGACUUCAGUUAUUGCUGCAGAGCAGUAAUGGCUUGAAAAGAUUUCAGAAUUCACUCAAAGAUUUUUGGGUUGUUAUUCAAAUACAGUUCAGAUUAGGAUUGACAUGUAAAGAUACCAUUACAGAAUGAGACUUUGUAUUUUUUACAUUGUGUAAAAUAAUUUUUACUUGAUAAUCAUGUGACAUUUCAAAUGAAGUUCAUUUAACGUGUUUGCUGCUUAAGGUAAAAAUUUGCAGUUUAGUGUAGAAAAUGUAAUCCUUUAAAUCUCAAAUUGAUAUUCCAGUAUUUUCAUAAUCUCAUUUUAAUAAUGUAUCGAAUCACCACUUUAUAUCUACAAGGCAGAUCACUAAUUUAUGAGCAUAGAAUAAUUUGCACUAAUUAUUGUAAAUGUAAUUUUCAAAGGAGUAAGAAGGUCUAAUUCCAUGAAAGAGUAAAAUGAAAUUGAAUGCCUGAUACAUUAUAGGAUAGGUUGAGCAAGAAAUGAUAUUAGCCUGUGCCAAGGUUAAAAUGUCAUUUCUCUACUGUCUAUCUUGUUUGUAAAAGCUUGAUUCAUUAUUUUUUACUCAGAUUUUAAAUGUUGCUGAUAGAAAUUAUGUUUAUGUGUUCUACAUGAAAGUAUAUGAGAAAAAGAGAGCACAUGUGUGUAUAUGUAUAUAUACUCACAUUAAAUAUUUUGAGCAAAAUAUUUUAAAUAGCCAUGAGGCUAAUAACUGACUAACUUUACAAGGGAUAUGAAGUUUUUUCUUCAUAGUUGUGAGUUAGAAACAUCAUCUAUUUUAGUUCUCAAAAUAUAGCUUUGUUGUUUAACAUUGUGUAUAUAUUGUUUUCUGUAGGAGAGGGAUAAUUAUAUAUAGGAUCUUGUAUUAUUUUUAUCCAUGUGUCAAAUGGGGUAAUGAUUACUAAAUAUUUUUGAAGCCUUAUGUUAACAUAUAGCAAACAAGUAGAAAUUUAGAAAAUACUUUUUAAUUAAAAGCAUAUUUUGUGCUUACCGAAA